GUACCAGCUGGCAGUCAAAGCUGUAGGAGGGCAUGGAGAGUUGAAGAGCAGUAUCUUGAGGCAGACUGGAAGAGUCAUCACAGCAUCCAAAUCGACAAGAAAACAUCAUUCCAGGGUCCUACAUGAUGGCCUACUCUGAUACUACAACGAUGUCUGAUGAUAUUGACUGGUUACGCAGCCACAGGGGUGUGUGCAAGGUAGAUCUCUACAACCCAGCAGGACAACAAGAUCAGGACCGGAAAGUGAUAUGUUUUGUCGACGUGUCCACCCUGAAUGUAGAAGAUAAAGAUUACAAGGAUGCUGCUGGUUCCAGCUCAGAAGGCAACUUAAACCUGGGAAAUCUGGAAGAAAAAGAGAUUAUCGUGAUCAAGGAUACUGAGAAGAAAGACCAGUCUAAGACGGAGGGAUCUGUGUGCCUUUUCAAACAAGCUCCCUCUGAUCCCGUAAGUGUCCUCAACUGGCUUCUCAGUGAUCUCCAGAAGUAUGCCUUGGGUUUCCAACAUGCAUUGAGCCCCUCAACCUCUACCUGUAAACAUAAAGUAGGAGACACAGAGGGCGAAUAUCACACAGCAUCCUCUGAGAACUGCUACAGUGUCUAUGCUGAUCAAGUGAACAUAGAUUAUUUGAUGAACAGACCUCAAAACCUACGCCUAGAAAUAGCAGCAGCUAAAAACACCAACAAUAAUCAAAGUCCAUCAGCUCCUCCAGCCAAACCUCCUAGCGCUCAGAGAGCAGUCAUUUCCCCUGAUGGAGAAUGUUCUAUAGAUGACCUUUCCUUCUAUGUCAACCGACUAUCUUCUCUGGUAAUCCAGAUGGCCCAUAAGGAAAUCAAGGAGAAGUUGGAAGGUAGAAGCAAAUGCCUUCAUCAUUCAAUCUAUCCAUCCCCUAGGAACAAAGAGAGAAUCAGUCCCCAAACUGCUGUGAGCAAGAUUGCUUCUGAAAUGGCCCAUGAAGCUGUGGAACUGACCGCUGCAGAAAUGCGUGGCACUGAGGAGGAGUCCAGGGAAGGUGGCCAGAAAAGCUUUCUAUAUAGUGAAUUAUCCAACAAGAGCAAAAGUGGAGACAAACAGAUGUCCCAGAGAGAGAGCAAAGAAUUUGCAGAUUCCAUCAGCAAGGGGCUCAUGGUUUAUGCAAAUCAGGUGGCAUCUGACAUGAUGGUCUCUGUCAUGAAGACCUUGAAAGUGCACAGCUCUGGGAAGCCAAUUCCAGCGUGUGUGGUCCUGAAGAGGGUGUUGCUAAGGCACACCAAGGAGAUUGUGUCCGAUUUGAUUGAUUCCUGCAUGAAGAACCUGCAUAAUAUUACUGGGGUCCUGAUGACUGACUCAGACUUUGUCUCAGCUGUCAAGAGAAAUCUGUUCAACCAAUGGAAGCAAAAUGCUGCAGACAUCAUGGAGGCCAUGCUGAAGCGCUUGGUCAGUGCACUUAUUGGUGAGGAGAAGGAGACUAAGUCUCAGAGUCUGUCAUAUGCAUCUUUAAAAGCUGGGUCCCAUGAUCCCAAAUGCAGGAACCAGAGUCUUGAAUUCUCCACCAUGAAAGCUGAAAUGAAAGGGAGGGACAAAGGCAAAAUGAAAUCAGACCCAUGCAAGACGCUGACUAGUGCUGAGAAAGUCGGUGAACACAUUCUCAAGGAGGGCCUGACCAUCUGGAACCAAAAGCAAGGAAACCCAUGCAAGGUGGCUACCAAAGCAUGCAGCAAUAAAGAUGAGAAAGGAGAAAAGAUCAAUGCUUCCACAGAUUCACUGGCCAAGGACCUGAUUGUCUCUGCCCUUAAGCUGAUCCAGUACCAUCUGACCCAGCAGACUAAGGGCAAAGAUACAUGUGGAGAAGACUGUCCUGGUUCCACCAUGGGCUACAUGGCUCAGAGUACUCAAUAUGAAAAGUGUGGAGGUGGCCAAAGUGCCAAAGCACUUUCAGUGAAACACCUAGAAUCUCACAGAGCCCCUGGACCAUCCACCUGUCAAAAGGAGAACCAACCCCUGGACUCCCAGAAAAUGGAUAUGUCAAACAUCGUUCUAAUGCUGAUUCAGAAACUGCUUAAUGAGAACCCCUUCAAAUGUGAGGAUCCAUGCGAAGGUGAGAACAAGCAUUCUAAGCCCAGGGUAAGCAAAGCAACUUACAUGUCCAAGAGAUCUGACAAAGGGGAAGAACAAUGCCAGGACCAUCAAGAACUUGACUUUAUCAGUGGGAUGAAGCAAGUGAACUGGCAAUUUAUAGAUAAACUGGUAGAAUCUGUGAUGAAGCUCUGCCUUAUCAUGGCUAAGUAUAGCAACGAUGGGGCAGCCCUUGCUGAGUUGGAAGAACAAGCAGCCUCGGCAGAUAAGCCCAAUUUCAGGGGCACCAGAUGCAUUCACAGCGGUGCAAUGCCACAGAACUAUCAAGACUCUCUUGGACAUGAAGUAAUUGUCAAUAAUCAGUGCUCUACAAAUAACUUGCAGAAGCAGCUCCAGGCUGUCCUGCAGUGGAUUGCAGCCUCCCAGUUUAACGUGCCCAUGCUCUACUUCAUGGGAGACAAGGAUGGACAACUGGAAAAGCUUCCUCAGGUUUCAGCUAAAGCAGCAGAGAAGGGGUACAGUGUAGGAGGUCUUCUUCAAGAGGUCAUGAAGUUUGCCAAGGAACGGCAACUGGAUGAAGCCGUGGGAAAGGUGGCCAGGAAACAGUUGCUGGACUGGCUGCUCGCUAACCUGUGAGCUGACAAUUUCUUUGACUCGUCUUCAUCUUAGCCCCCCUAGCAGCAUUCCAUCCCAGCCAGAGCACCACCACCAUCAGGCCAGUCAACUGCACAAUACACAACUGUGUUUCCCAAUACACUUGAGCAGUUGCCUGUGAAUGGAAGAGGUGUCAACAAACUGGGAAAGAAAAUGAAUAAAAAAAAAAUUAAAAAAAUUGUGUCGUU